AUGCGCUGGACGACGAGACUACGCCUUCUUGCGGCUCCCACCCUGGCAUCGUUCCUCUCAUUUGUCCUUUCCGCCGUCAAGCCUUGGGGGGGGAUAUCCGGCCAAUGGGCAUUCCUUGUCUAUACAUCGAUGCUGAUCUUCUUCUUCCCGAGAGGUAGAAUAGGUCCUCAGAUCGAACUCACAGUCCUUGGUAUCGCCGGAGGAACUAUAGGCAUCGCUUGGUCUUCUGGAGUCCUGGCAGUUGCUGCUUGGUGUGGGCGGCGGUAUGGUGUCGACUCUGAUCAGACUCGAGCCAUACUCGGCGUGGGUCUGGCUUUACUGUGCAUCGCCUCCGGUCUGAUCCGAAGCUCUGUCCGAAGGUUCAACACAUUCAGCAAGAUCAUGGUGUUCUUUCCUAUAUUCAUGUUGACCGGCCAGCAGACCAUCACGCAUAUGACAGCCGCGUUGUUUCUCGAACAGUUCUACGUUGUCAUAUUUGCCGGCAUUUUACCCCUCAUCUCAACCUUGAUCUUUGCUCCCCAUCACACUCUAUCACAUCAGUUUGGCGCUCAGGUGGAAGAAUCGCUCAAAACAAUUUGUACCCUCCUGCCAUUAUCGCUCCAGCACAUCACCGGGAAUGAAAAUUCUUCUCCUACUAUAUCAGAACCUUCUGAAGCGGAGUAUCCUACGGCAAAGAGCCUAGAGUCUCAGCCCGAUCGAGCGCGCCUACCGUCUAGUCAAGAUCAACUAGCAAAGAAGCUGAAAACGACAAUAUCAAACUUACAAACUUCGUCCUCCUCUUAUCUUCGUACCACGCCAUCUGUCGAUGGACAGCUACCCCUACUGCCAACCGUGGUCAAGUCUCUCCAGCGAAUCGUUCGCAACCCUCUCCUAGGUACCAGUCAAAGCCCCGGCGAGCGUAUCCAGGCUGCCUUGAACAAAACCUUUCCCCACAGCCAACCCGGUACCCCCAGAGGGGCGAAGGCCCGGACUCCGGUGCCCAGUGCUUCCUCUUCCAUCCGCUCACAAAGCCGUUCUGAGGUGUUCCAUCGACGGAAACCUCGGCAUCUUACCAGCUUGCUACCCCCUGAAGCGUCUAGCUCUAGUUUGACGCUCUCGCAACAUCCCGGGCUCAAGGAACGGAGCGAAUCGCUUGUUGGUGCUAUGGUUGAGGCGCUUCAAGCGAUUGAGCAAGAGUUACCGGCAAAGUUCGGCUGGGCAGUAGAGGCAGCAAAGGAAGACAAGGCGGAGAUGAAUCCGCACGAACGACUGGCCGGCGCGAAAGCUUGUUUGGAGGAGCAAGUCGGUUGCGUCCAGCAUGUGCUGGGAUCCCUUCUGGGCGAUUUGGGCGGGGAAGACAAAGACGACACAAGCGACAGCGAGUCCGACGUGCGUCGAAGCGCAUCCCCAUCGAAAUAUGCGACUUCUCCGCUGAACAGAAGCCCAGUACCGGCCACCUUUUCCGAGACUGUCGAAGUAAGGAGCGUGCUGCAUAAUCGGGAUCGCUAUCGUUUGGCUUUUGUCAUGACUACGCUGUUGGAUUUGGCAAAGGAUAUACAAGGUCUUGCGACCACCCUCAAUGAAGCACCGGCAUAUGAAAAGCCUCUCAGCGGCUGGAUGCACUUUUUGAGGCUCCUCUGGCUUAAUAGAAGUGAUAACGAAGAGGACAGGGAUCAUCAACGUGAGGAGCCAAAUUUGGUGCCAGAUGAAUCACUGCCGCACGACGAGAAGAAGGAAUUUCAGGAUAUGGACUUUGUGUCUGCCACCUUACAUCAACAGCACUCGGCGUUGUCAACCACCAGCCCAAAGCAUCGCCUGGGACGCGCAUGGAAACUUUUCUGGGACCAGCACAAAGUGGUGAAGACACGUAUCUUGAUGUCCCGUUUCAUGCACGACGUCAAACAUUCCCGCCACGUCCUCUUUGCGAUCAAGCUUGCAGGAGGCAUCUGCCUCCUUUCGGUCCCAGCUUGGAUGCCACCGGGGUAUUCGGCUCGCAAUUGGUAUCAUUCCUCACGAGGCGGCUGGAUGGUCGUGAGCUACAUGUUUGUGCUCGAAGACACCACGGGAGCUAUCCUCAAGGUGGGAUUCUUGCGAGCGUUGGGGACUUUUAUUGGAGCUGUGGUGGGGUUUGUUUGCGUAUUGAUCGCAGGGAGAAACCCGUACGGCCUAGUGGUGCUCGCGACAGUCUGCUCCAUCCCGAUAUCAUACAAUGUUCUCUUCGCCUCCAUCCCAGGCCUGGGGACGUCCACCGGCAUCACACUCCCUCCCAUCCUGUUCAUACCAUAUCUGGGGCUGUCCGAUGGCCAAUCAGACUGGUUCUUGACAUGGAAUAGAUUCGUGGAUAUUGUCAUUGGUGUGGUGGCUGCUGUCCUGGUGGGCACUUGGUUUUGGCCGGUCCACGCAAGGGUCCAGUAUUUCAGAGUUGUGUCGCGAACGCUGGAGGGUCUCAUUGAAUACUGCAAGUCUAACUUGCGAAUGAGCCGGGAUCUUGUUCGAUCAACGCUGGUGUAUCGCGUCGAUGAUAAACGUUACGAGGAGCUUGAGGGGAAGAUCAAACGCAACAUUCAACUCAGCCGGACCCUCAUGAAGAUUCAGCAGCAAGAAGUCUCGCUCUUGCCACGGCCAAUCAAACUCUACUCUGAGAUCAUUGACGCGAUUGAGCGGUUACUGGAGACACUCAAUGAGAUUAGAAUCCUUAGAUUCAGCGUGCCCAGGAAGGAGACGGUCCUUGAUGUGCUGCCCUUACGGCGAGAACUUAUUUCGACUGUACUUAUCAACCUAUGGGCUUCAAGUCACGCAUAUGGCUCGCGUGGCCCCCUCCCUCAAUUUCUUCCCUCCCCACGCGUGCCUCUUUCUGAGCUCAUGGAUGUCACUGAAGAACACUCUCGUCAUCUGCGCUCUGCUCGGCAUAAUCAUCAUCAUCCGAGAGAAACGCAGAGCACCCGCAGUACCAUGGCCGAGGGUUACCAGGCAGAGCUGGCGGUUUUAUAUGGUAUGGCGGAGAAUGAGGCGUUGGGCGAGGUCUGUAAUAUACUGGAAGAGCUUGUGGCCUCUGCGCGAACUCUUUUCGGUACACAAAGCUUUUUGCAGACAUGA